AAAGCUGAGCCACAGACGGCGGAGACUUCAGAGGUGAUCUAUGAUGAUGUUCCAAGCGAGGACCCCCUCUCUCCUGACGACGAUAUGAUCUAUGAGGAUGUUCAGAGAGACAGCGGUCCUGCAGAUGCAGACAAUGGGUGGAGCUCCAGCGAGUUUGAAAGCUACGACGAACAGUCUGAUAAUGAGACCAAACAACCAACACGGAGCAAGGUUCAGCAGCUCAUGAAGGCGGCGAGAAGCGGAACCAAGGAUGGACUUGAAAAGACCAAAAUAGCCGUCAUGCGAAAAGUUUCUUUCCUGCAGAGAAAAGAUCAAUUGGAAGAGGAGGACGAUGCAGGAUACCUGGAUGUUGCUGUGUCAGAGGUGAAGCAUCCUCCUCCACAGCUGAGCCCCAUGCCAGAGGGGCUGACCAGCCACCAGGUUGUCAGACGCCAUAUCCUCGGCUCCAUCAUUCAGAGCGAGCGGAGCUACCUGGAGUCUCUCAGGAGAAUCCUGCAGGAAUACCAGAGACCAUUGAUGGAGGCUGAACCACGCAUCCUGAGUCCAAGAAAGAUCCGGCCUAUAUUUUUCAGAAUGAGGGAGAUCACGCAGUGCCACUCCAUGUUUCAGAUUGCACUAGCGUCACGUGUGGCAGAGUGGGACAGCUGUGAGAAAAUCGGAGACUUAUUUGUCGCUUCUUUUUCCAAGUCCAUGGUGCUAGAUGUAUACAGUGAUUAUGUGAACAACUUUACCAAUGCCAUGGCUCUCAUUAAAAAGGCGUGCAUGUCCAAACCAGCGUUUCUGGAAUUCUUGAAGAAGAAGCAAGCAUCCAGUGUUGACCGGAUCACUCUGUACGGCCUGAUGGUUAAACCAAUUCAGCGAUUCCCUCAGUUCAUAUUGCUCCUGCAGGAUAUGCUCAAGAAUACACCGAAGGGCCACGUGGACCGUCUGCCCCUGCAGCUCGCUCUCACAGAGCUGGAGAUGCUGGCCGAGAAGCUGAAUGAACAGAAACGAGUAGCUGACCAGAUUGCAGAGACUCAACAACUCGCUCGCAGCGUCAGUGAUCGCCUGCUCAGUAAGCAACUGAACUCGGAGCAGGGGUCACUGGUCCUUUGUGAGACGCUUAUUGAGACUGUGUACGGCGAACGGGGACAAGUCCUGAAGUCGAAGGAGAGAAAGGUCUUCCUCUUUGAUGAUGUGCUCAUCUGUGCCAACAUAAAUGUCAAGGGGCCUCCAGAUAUCAGCAGCCUGGUCCCUAUCGGCCCCAAGUACACCAUGAAGUGGAGCGCCCCCCUGCAGCAGGUGCAAGUAGUCGAGGUGGGGCAGGAGGGCUCUCAAAGCAAAGAAACCUUCUUUCAACCAAGCGGAGCAAAGCGCAUGAGCGUCCCCUGCACUUCAGGUAAAGCCAUCCUCGGCCCUCCACGUCUCUACCAGGAGCUGCAGGAGCUGCAACACGACCUUUCUGUUGUGGAGGAGGUCACUCUCCUCGUGGGCACGCUGCAGGGGAUGUACCAGAACCUGAACACCACUGUGGCCCAGGACUGGUGUCUGGCUCUACAGAGGCUUAUCCGCAUCAAAGAAGAACAGAUCCAGAGUGCGAACAAAUGUCGCUUACGCCUGCAGGUGCCCGGCAGGCCAGACAAGUCAGGUCGUCCUGUCAGUUUCAUGGUGGUCCUCAACACUCCCAGCCCCCUCAGUAAGAUCUCCUGGGUCAACCGUCUGCACUUGGCCAAGAUCGCACAACGAGAGGAGAACUCACCAGGCUGGCUAUGUGGAGAAGAUGAAGGGAAGACGAUGGCGCCGUUUUGGUGUCCGCUGCUUGCCUGUCACAUGCCUGUCUUUGCUACAAAGUCGCCAGAGAGAAAGCUCGAAGCUGCCCUCCACAAUCCUGUUCACUGUGCGUUGUUGGGUUUCUCUGCAGCGAGCACCUCCUUACCUCAAGGCUACUUCUGGGUGGCCGGUGGAGGAGAAGGUUCGCAUGGGCAGAUAGAGAUAUUUUCCCUCAACAGGCCCAUGCCGAGGACUGUGAAGAGCCUGCAGGUAGGCUCUGCUGUCCGAUGCCUGGAAUAUGUGCCAGAACCUUCUCCGACUGACGAAGCGGAGGCUGGAGUUCACAAGGCCACUUCGGGGAUCGGCGCCAACAUUUGUGUUGGAUUAGACGAUGGACGCAUUCUGGUCUACGGCAGUGUGGACACUGCAGCACAAUGCCUAUUGACCCUCCAUAACCCAGAGGGCUGCCCUGUGCUGUGCCUGAGGCACUCCUCUCGCUUCCUGUUUGCAGGCCUGCGGAAUGGGACCAUGAUGGUUUAUGGAAGAGGUAACAACGAUGAUUUUUGGGACCCAGACUCGGGCAGAUGUGUAAGCCUGGGCUCAGAACCAGUGAGGACACUGUUGGUACUAGAUGACUCAGUGUGGGCGAGCUGCGGGAACUCUGUCACAGCCAUGGACAUCUCCAGCCUCGCCACUCAGAAAUUCGAAGUCCACCCAGACCCGAUGGUCAGCGUCGCACAUAUGGCCUGUGCCGGUGGAGGGGUGUGGAUGGCGUUCUCCGAGGGUUCCUCCAUCCGUCUCUUUCACACAGAAACACUGGAGCUUCUGCAGGAAAUCAACAUCUCAACACGCUCAACGCUGCUGAACACUGGUCAAAAGAACAUGAGAGUCACGAGUCUGCUGAUUUGCCAGGGGCUGUUGUGGGUGGGCACCGCCCAAGGCUUAAUUAUCACUCUUCCAGUUCCCAAACUGGAGGGCAUCCCCAAAAUAACAGGAAAGGGAAUGGUCUCUCUGAAUGCCCAUUGCGGGCCGGUGGACUUCCUGGUCGCCACCUCCAGCACUCUGUCUCCUGACCUGCUGAAGAGGGAUUCUGUCGCGGACGGCCCAGACUCCGCCUUCGGUGGCGAGGACCGCAGUAACACGUCCUCUCAGGAAUCCCUGCAGCAGUCCUACCAGGAAGACGGGAGAGGCAAAGGACGCGGCGUUCUGCUGCAGUACAAGCUGCGCUCCACAUCAGGACUACCUGGACGGCCGCUGACGGCGCUGGGCGACGAAGCGUCUGACUCCUCCCUGGAGUCGUUGGAGCACAGUGUGGAAGAUGGAUCUAUCUAUGAGCUCAGCGAUGACCCUGAAAUGUGGGUUCGGGGACGUCCUUGUGAGAGGGACGGGGGACGCAGGGACAGGGUGAUCUCUGCGGCGGUUAUCUCUGGAGGCAAGGGCUUCCGUAGACUGAGAAAGGGAUCAGAAGCAGGUACUAGGACAAGCGGCGAGGGUUUAGAGAAUAUUCUUAUGGUAUGGCAGCUCCCUCUGACGGUGUGAUAUGGAAAAUUUACGCUAAGGUGACGGGUCUUUACAGACGUUUACCCGGCGCAGCCUUGAAUCAGGCGCUUAUAAAUUCAAGGGAUUUGAAUAAACAUGUAUGAUGUAACGGCGUUGCCGAUGUCGUGGAGCUUGAGGUGAUUUAGCCUGCGGAAUAAGGACGUUAAGACGUGCUGUUUACCAGAGGUACUGUCUGCCUAUAGGACGCUUUGAAUGUUGAGGGUUGUGCGUCAUCGCCCUCUCAGCCCUGCCAGAAGCCGACACAGAUUAGUUCCGUGUGAUUGUCUUGAUCUGGUUCCUCUUCUCGCCUUCGUUAAGAUUGAUAUGCCUCAAUUUAACCUCAUCACUGCGGCGUCGGCUCGGCCACAUUUAUUUUAUGCGAAGGACUCGUGUGUGAGCGGCCGUGGACAGCACGCCUUUCACAGGCAGCCUUUGCUGAAUCUGCCAUGCUCUGCAGAGUUAGAGAUGGACAUCUUUUAUCUGAUCCUGUGGGAGAGAUCCCAUCUGUUUAGAGCUGAAAGCUGGGGACCUCCACCGCAUCACAAAGCACAUUAGCAUCACUUUAUUAGCUUUGCCAGCCUCUCUCUCAUCCCAUACAAUGUGAAUGUACGAUACUUCUAUUGUGUCUCGAAAUUGAAUCUGUGCUCUCGUAAAAAAAAAAAAAAAAAAACUAUUUCAUUUUUCCUGUUUUGUUGCAGCUGUUGCAGAAAUGAUUUUUGGUUACGAAAAAUGGGUCGCUUCCAAGAUCUUACCAUGCCUUUAUUAAAGAGGGUCAUGGUAGAACAGAAAAAAACAAAACGGUUGUGAGACUGCAAAACUGUUUUUAAAACCACUGAUUUACAAAACAAACGUUUCACCAGUCAAAGACAUUAUUGCUCUGCAUUACAGAAUCUAUAUUUGCACUGUAGAAAUCCUGUAAUUAUUACAGAGUUAUUGAGGAAAUGAAACUUCUUGGUGCCACAUUUUAGAGUAUUAUCUUGCCCAAGUACUGUAAAUACCAGAUAUCGCUUCCAUUAUUCACCGUCAUCCAUCAGAGAGAAAACAAAUGUGCACACAGAGUUGUUUCGCAGCUCACUUUAGCUGGAAACUCCAGUUACACAUCAAAAGCAAAACGCUACAAACGAAUGAUGUAAUCAAAGAGCUGCAGCAAACGGAGGGAACCUGAGAGAGACACUGAUGAGCAUGUUUACGUGCACAUCAAAUUUCAUUAAUAUACAAUAUGAUUCCGAUUAAAAAUGGUGUUGUACAAUACAUAGCAGAAGGGUCUGUGUUACAGUAACAGGCACUGAUGUGUGUUAUCUCUGAUAUUAGCCAGGACGAGACGAGUCUGCAGGUUUUAUUUGCUCUGGCAGAUGCGUCUGGUCCUCCUCCUGUCCAGACAGAUUUCCAGACAGCUUGGCUGGAGUCGGCCAAUCACAGCCAUGUUUUAUAUGGUGUGUGUUUCAGAUGUCUGACAACUUACGGAAACUUGUGCGAAAUAUGUGAUGAUGUUUUCUUCAGCCGCGCGCCCUCGUGUUGGCGACACCACAGCUAAAUCUGGCCCACACCAAAAGAUCUAAACAGAUGUUGAAAAAAGUGAAAGACUCCACACAUAAGGACAUGUGGUGAUAAAAUGAACAGUUCUGCACCUAAAGUGUGUGAAAAGCACAUUUUGGCCAAAAACAGCACAUUAAAAGAUUCCAUUCACCAACAACCAGAGUCUCGACUCUCGAAACUGCAAGUCUCACAUUCAGACGAGAUUUUCGAGUGAACAAACGAAGCGGACGACUGGCAGGAAGACCUAGCUGUUAGUUUUUGUACGACGGGAAAAGAUGGGUGAAGUCAUUAGACGGUGUGUACAUGUUACAGCACAAAUUGGAAGAUGUAAAAAAAAAAAAGGAGGCGCGCUGUUGAGGCGUUCUUGAAAACAAGUUGGCUGCAGCUGAUGUGGAACUUUAUGUUUAAGGACUAUUUUCAUAUUCUGAUGGCAGAAAGGUGUGCACAGAUAUGUUGGUGCUGCACCAUCACAGCUCAUCGCUGCACGCUGUAGUCGGUUUCAUCAGUCUGUUAUAGAGCACUAUGUCAGGUUUCAUCGACCUGAUUGGUUUUUGAUGUACGACCAUUAAUGACGCCCGUUGGAAACAGAAAAUGAAGGGAGGUUCCAGACUAAAGGCCUUUGCACACCGAGUCGUUUUUUUUCGCACUUCUAAAAAUAAAUACGACCUCAGGUUGUGUCAGUCACGUUUACAUACUGACUCCAAAACUUUCAUCCGUUGUUAAAAAACUCUCAGAACAGGUUGGAUUUCUGCGCAGGUGGAGACCUUAGACUACAUUCAGUAAACUUUGUCCCAUCAGCACUUGUUUUCAUGCUAAUAUUCAGUAAAUUCUUCUAUGUUAAUGCAAAUGUUACUAUUUUAUGAUCAAAUUUUGAGGAUGCACAUAAACAGCUUGUCGUGGCUUUUGGGUGGAAACCUCAUAUUUCCAUUUUUGAUUUUAAGUUAAAAGAUCACAUGGUCUGUCUUUAACCUAAUAGGCUUAUUUAUAAAACCCUUUUAACCACAUUUUAAUAAUAAAAGUCUCGAGGCUUUUUGCAAGCUCCUUUUUUCUUUUUUUUUAACUUAUGAAAUAUUGAGUUUUUGAAAAAACAACAGGAGUUUGUUGAAUGGGAGCUGGUAUGAGAAGCACUCAGUGGUACAGUGUUUGAAGUGUUUGCUUCAUAACUUCUUAAUUAAAAGUUAUCGUAGCAUUUUUCAGCCUGGACGUUUGACAUUGGCAUCUGUUUUGCACACAGAAGCAAAAGUACAUAUCUUACAGCGCACAUUUUUCACAGCAUGUUGAACGAGUAGGUGGAGUAUCAUGCAAGUUUCCGAGUAUGAACACAGCUUUGUGGAUUUUCAAUAAACCGAGCGAUGCUGAAGGUUAUGGUAUAUCAUUUUUCUCCACCUCUAUCUCUACUUAGCCCCUCCACCACACGUGGAAUCUCAUCUUAUCCUUUCAUCACAGAUGAAGCGUAAAGUUCAUGUUUUUGUAUUUCCCUGAGGCACAUUGAGGUUUAUUUUCCCUUUUCUUCUCCUCCUCACAACCGAAGUUCAAAAGCAUUUAAACAUCUCGCUGUCAGCCAGAAUCAUUCAAAAAGGAAAAUAUACGAUGAUGUAAACCGUCCUUGGAUGCUGUCAUCUAAAUGUAAAUCUCAAUGUCACGUCAGAAACGUAUACUGUUAAUUCAUGUGAGAUUGAAAGCCGCUGGAGCCACAGCGGCCCUGAUGGUCACUAUAGAGACAGUUUGUUAAAUCAGUGUGUGUUCACAGAGUUUCAUGAGCUUCUCCGCCAACAACUGAGAUUUAAUCUCCAAAGUACGGUGACAUUUGAUGGACACUGACUCAUACAUUUCAUUUGCUCACACUUCAUGUGUACAGGUAAUAUCCAUGCACUGAAUAUUAAUACUUAUGAAUGAACGUACUGUACUACUAAUUAGAUCUGUUACUGAACUAAUUAAUCCCUUUUGAAAAGACGACUGCAACAGUGUUGAUGUUUUAAAUGAGACUGUAUAAGACCGUUUAUUUUCCUGUGGUGUUAAAGUUUAUUACAAGUUGGUUCUUUUUUUUAAUGUUUUUUUUUUUUUUUUAAAGAUUUGGCCAUCAGUUAUUACAGCACGUACUCUACAAGCAAACUGCUGAGAUCUGAGAACAAGGUGACAUUUCUUAAAGAAGAAACGCAAACAGUCACAUGAUCAAACAGGUUUAUAGACCCUGGAUAACCAGACUUAUUUGGAAAAAAAAUAUCAGGAAAAUAUUUAUUUUAUUCUCCAAAGUGAGUGUUGAAAUGAUCCGUCACAGUUUAUAGACCAAGCUCGAGUUCCAAGCUCAACUUUGACAUUUCCAAACCGCUGAGACCUUCAGUUGACCAUCUGUUGUACAACUGUGUCGUCUUUGUAAUAUUUUGGCUCCGGAUGCAUAUUUUCGUUCAAAGAGAGUAGAAACUGAGCCCCACCUAAACCCGACACGCAUUCUGUUUUUAUGUUAAAACCUGACCUGAAACUUAAAGGAACAGGACUGAAGUGUUACAUUUUUCCCUGUCACACAGUUUUUAUCACCAUAGUUGCACCUUACCUGUUUACUAUGAUUUCACGAGGCGCCUUGUAAAUCACCAUCAAAAGGCACAAAUGUCACACUCGCAAGUUACGAAAUGUCAUGCAGUUAUUUAAACAGAGUUUGAAUAAGUGUAUAUCAAGUCAAACCUUUCUGACCCGUAAACAUAUGUGUUAAUCAGUGACCCAAAACCGACCCAUAAACCAGCAAACCAGAGCUAAAGUUUCUUUCAAUAACAAUCUGCCUGUUGUUGGCUAUAUUGUCAGUCAUUUUCAGUAAAUAUUACAAUAUAAAUCUUGUUUUUUCUGUUUAUUAAUAAAACGUAGGAAGAUAGCUAGGGCUCACUCGUCUUUAAAGUGGUUAUGUCUUGAGUAUGAUCUUGAGUGCACAGCUGAUACACUACGUGGUUUGUUUACAAGAGCGCGCAGCUGAUAGGUACAGUUAUUUGUUUACAUGACGUUACAGAAGUGCAUUUUUAAACAAUUCAGUGUGGAAAGAGAGAUGCUUGCUUACUUUUAGGACACGGUGUUAGCCCCUCAGGCUGUGGGUCAACCCGCACAUCGCUACCACAAACUCAUCUUAAAGUGUAACAGCUGUUAACUAAACUACUUUUAUUAUCCAAGCGUCAUGGUUUAUUUGGCGUUAUUGUGAAGGAAGGUGAUGGCAUCCACCAUGGAUGGCUGUAGGGUUUUUCUCCUCUGUUAAAGCAAACUUCCAGCAAUUCUUACGUUCUGUUAGCUGCUGCUGCUGGCUGGAAAGGCCAAAAUGCCCCGAGCAAGCACACUGAGUUUCGAGCAACGUCCUAACAGGUCCCAUCGGGUUCAGGUCAGGUAACCACACUUUAGUUUACGACCUUUUUGAUCAUCUGACUGUUCCUUUCUCAGACUUUGUAAGAGCAGCAUCUCACUGAUGACUUUGGUGAGUAAAAUUACAAUAACUGAUUGAAACGAUGGCCAGACCUGCAAGAGUAAGGGUACAAAACACAAGUAAUAAACCAGAAUAAUCCUUUGAGCAAAAAGUAUUACGCUUCGUGCCAUCUCAGGCAUGUGGAACCACAGUGCUCAUAUUCUUUUGGUACAAUAUUUGAAUGUUAAUGUCUAAACAUUGUCUAACAAGCUUA